AUGGCUAAAGAUUUCAAGGGAAAUGAGGACGUAGACUUACUAAAGAAGAUUGAAAGUGACUACUACAUGCAAGGAGUGGGCGCAAACUAUUUCAAACGGAAUUUGUCUGACAAAGACAAGGCAGAGCAAUGGAGGAAGUACGUAUUAGGGAACUCUAAAACACACACAAAAGUGACUACGAGUGUAGUCUUUAACUGA